AUGGUAUGCCCUCAUCUGGACGUCACUGCUUGUAAAGAUAAGUAUAGUAAGGAUGCUCGUAUUUUGGCUAAAUUAACCUUUACUAAUAUUUGGAAAUCAUUAAUGCCAUCAUUUCAAUUUAUGUCAUCGAAAACUGAUUUAUAUAAAACGUGUGAAAUAAUGAAAAUGGAUAUUAGAUAUGCUUCACAAUAUGAAAAAAAAUUAGAGCUUACUAAUAGUUACUUGGCUCACUUAAAUCAAGCACAAAAAGAACAUGACUACUAUAAUGCUAACAUUAUAAAUGCAGUUGAAGAUAGCAAACACAAUCCAAAUGUAGUCAGCUCUCAAAUAUUAUUUAAAAGUUUUAGUGAAGAUUUAGUCUCAAUUGUUAAUCGUUUUACAAGAAUUAAUUUUAACGUUGCUCAACGUUAUCUUAAUGGAGAAGGCUUUCAAUAUUAUGAUUUUAAAAAUUACUUUCAAGCAUUCAAAAAAUUACCUCAUAUUCAAAAGUACCAUCAUUUUUAUUUUACUUCGCAACACUCUGGAAUCAUCUUUUUUAAAGAUAAUCUUGAUGAUAAUUAUGAAAGUUUUACAAUUUGUCCCUUUUCUUUUAAUGCCGAUACCCCACUCCCUACAAUUGAUGCCAAACCACUUUCUCAAAAAAGACAAGAAGAAUUAUAUAAAGAAAUCGCUCCUUAUAUUGAUUUACCUUUCCGCAGCAUUAUUUGUUCUGAACCAAAAAUUCAGAAUAAAAAAUAA